AUGGAGGGAAUUUCCCAGGCGGUUGCCGCGAUCGAGCGUGAGUUGGAUGAGAUCGCUGCCAGGUCACAGAAGGUGAAGGCGGCUGUGCGACAAGUCUCGGCGAAAGCGUCUGCCAGCCUGGUCAAAGAUGCCAAGGCCGGAGUAUGCAUCGGGUUUCGGGGCACCAUGGGCUCUCCUAGCCUCCAGGUGCCCGAGGCCUUGCAGAAGUUCUGGCCAACAGCCUUCAACAUCACGGGCAUCAGCACAGAAAAGAAGCGCAAGGUCUACUCCCUGUAUGGCAUAUGGGCGCCUCGGCUGCCUACAACGAUCCUUGAACUGACCCCGGGAGGAGCUCAACAGCCGGGCGGAGGAGCUUUGGGACUUUUGGGGAUACCUGUCGUAGCAUCUCAGGUGCCGCCGGCUGUGAACUUCCGGGACGUGCAUAUGCGAUAUCAGUCGGCUAGCCGGUCGCACCUGACCCUGAACGUCAGUCAGGAGGAGGUUCGGAUGGAGAACAAAGCAGAGCCCACUCUGACGUGCCUACACCGCUCCCUGGGCUUUGCUAGGCGCUCUCUGAUGGACCCACACUCCAUGGCACGGCUCGUUUGGUCCUUCGUGGGUCUGCUUUGCGUGAUCUUCGAUGCGAUCUCGAUUCCGGUGAUUGUCAGCUGGGAGAUUCCUAACUCGGAGGUCGCCUCGGUGUUGAUACCCAUGAUGCUCUACUGGACUAUCGACAUCGGCGCGAGUGCGCAGACAGGCUUUUACGAGAACGGCCUGCUAGUGCAGUCGCCCUCACGGGCGCUGGCACACUACGUGAGGACCUGGUUCUUAUUCGACGUGGGCGUUGUGACUUUUGAUUGGGUCAUGCUAGUGCUGGAGGGCAGCACGACCUCGCAAAGCAGCUUGGCAUUGCGGAGUAUUGGCACCUCCAUGGGCGUUGGCGGACGAGUCUUGCGCGUGGCGCGCGUGGUUCGGAUCGUGCGGCUGCUGCGGCUGGUGAAGCUUCAGAAUUUGCUGCAGGUCGUCGAGGACUCCUUGGGGUACGCGUACAUGCAGGGGAUGCAGCUGGCUACCGCAGUGAUAAAGGCACUGUUGGUGAUCCUCUUCUCGGUCCACGUUCUCGGGUGCUUCUGGUACAUGGUCGGUCAGACCAGUGAAGAAAAUGGAAUGGAGAGUUGGCUGACGACGUACCAGUACCACUCCAAGGGUCGGGCGGAACAGUAUGUGGCCUGCUGCCACUGGAUCCUGGGUCAGUUCACGCCAGCGCCCAUGGCCAUCCACGCGUGGAACGCCACAGAGAGGGUGUACAACGUCUUUGUCAUCUUCUUCUCCCUGCCCCUUGGUCCUACGAACAUGACGUUGUCAUGGGCGGCAUCUGGCAGGGCCAUGCGUAGAGCUUUGAAGCAGGGUGCUGAUUCCAGGCUGGUGGUGGCAAGCUGCAUCUCACGGGUCUCCGCGACCAUCCAGCAGGUGAUCAAGUUGAACUCCGAGGCAAAAGUCCAGCAAGCCGGCGAUCGAAAGCGACAGGUGGCCAUGUAUCUCAAGAUCAACAAGAUCAGCUCGCAUCUCUGCAUUCGAGUGCUCCGCUUUGUUGAUCACAGCUUGAGGAAGCACAAAGCGGCACCUUUGGAUUCCCAGCUCCUCUCUCAGACACUGAUCAAUGAGUUGCACAUGGACCGGCGGGGGCCGGUGCUGCGGAAGCAUGCGAUGUACAACUUCCUGGAGCAGCUGUCGCAGCGUGCCUUUACGCAGCUCUGUGGCUACCUCGAGCUCACCGUCUUCGAGGACAAAGAGAUCAUGUUUACCCGAUUCUCUGAGGGCCGAGGAAGGUACAUGCCCGGUCCUGGUCUGUAUCAGGAAGAAGUCGACAGUGACAUCAUAAACAUAACACUCGCGGACUUUGAAUUCUGGGCGGAGAUCUCGCUUUUCACGUCCUUCCAGCAUACCUGCACAAUGAUCUCCGUUCAGUUCAACGACACCUUCCUCCUCCCAGCGACGGCAUUGGCAAAGGCUAUAAAGGAGUUUGCGGAAUGCUGCGGCUUUGUGUACCAGUAUGCGCGGUGCCUGCAGUCCAAACUGAAUGCAGAGGAGUUCAUCGCAGAGGAGGCCCUGCCCGAGGUGAUUCGCACACGCUGCUGUGAAGCCACCGAUGCCUUCCAGCUCAAGAAUCUCACGCAGGAAAGGCUGCUGCAGUUCUUCUUCCUGCCCAAGCCGUAUCCAAGUGGAGCAGACACCAAGCAGCUGAUCCGCAGGGUGCUGAGCAGCGACAUAACCUCUGGUGAGGAGAUAAUGGAACAGCUGGAGAGGUUCUUUCCUGAGCUCCACCAGCAAGUGGGCACGCAUGCCCUGUUCUCUGCCGAGAAUGAGCGGCAUCGUGCAUUUUCUUGCAUGCUCAGUGUCUUCUGGCUUGCGCUGGACAGAUACGAGGAGUUCGUAAAGAAUCAGGUGCCGGCAGAGCCCUUUCUCCUCUUGCCCCCUCCAGCGCAACAGGAUUUCGUCACUUGGGUUGGCAUCCGGGACAAUGUAGAAUGGAUCCACGGUAUGCUGGUAUACCUGGCAGUGAAAGGUUUGGGGCGCUCCAAGAACCUGACACUGCAGCUACCGAGCCACUCACAGCAGCCAGACGCCGCUGUGACCCGGCUCCUGGAAAGGAACCGGAACGUUGUGCCUUCUGUGCUGCAGCUGGGAGAAGGGACGCUGGAGCUGUUGCUCAACGUGUCGAGUAUGCACGAGUGCUUUGUGUUCGGCCAGUUCAUGCAGGCUGAGAACACCCCGCUGAGCCUGCAGCUCCUUCAGCAGAAGGCACUUGAGCACAACGACGUUCCCGCCUACAAGCUUUUCCUCUUCUCCGCGCUCGCGAUGCUCUCCGGGAUCGGAGCACGAGAAGGCUGCACCGGCUCGCCCUUCCUGAAUGACUUUGCUGGCCAGACCGUCUUGUUGAGCCUGGAGGCUCUCAAGCAUCUGCAGGAGAGGACGCGCCAUGUCGCAUUGACCUACAGUCUACGCCCACAGAAGAAAGACCAGCACAGGAUUUGGCUCUGCUACGCUUUGCGUGCAUCUGCCGCACACGCCCCUUGGCCGGCCUGGGGUGGGGCAGGUGAAGACAAGCUUGGUAGAAACAGCCCCGUGAGCACAAAUGGCGAGGCGAUGAUGCUCUUCGCAGUGCUGCUUGGCACGGGAACCGAUGAGAGUCUUCGAGGUUUCUAUUCUUGUGGCAGGAGUGGGCUAGCAGUUGCAGAUGCCAAGGUCUUGACCAGUUGGUCAGUCCUGGACACCUCCGACAGGGAAAGCCUCACCGAGUUCUUCCUUGCGGAUGGCAUCCACUACCACGCCUGCCUCUUCAGCUACCUCCCGGAAUUCGCGAGUGGGCUUGGAGACUUCGCUGAAGGUGAGUGUGCUGGCUGUGCAAGCAUCGGCCUGCCUGUAGAACCAGCUCUCGGAGUUCCUUUGAGCUUGGCUCUUCGGUUGUGGCUAAGGAUUCUCCUGGUGGAGUUGGUGGAAAUUACGUGGACUCAGUUGGCCGCAGCUGGGAUUGUUACAGUGAACCUGGCGGACCUUGCCGCGUUCACCCAGGCUGUUCGCUCUCGCAGCGUGUUUUUCUCCUGUUUGGAACAUGCGAAGAUCUCCAACCUCGGCAGCGGCCACUUCGCCCUCAACAUGACCAGCAAGAAUUGGUCGAGAACAGAGGAGGUGUCCAACCACGACCUCGGGGUGCCCAGCACUUUGAGGAAGAUCGUGCGGAAUACCUGCUCACGGGAACCCGCCUCCACCAUCCCGCUUCCGAUGGCGAUCCUGGACAUCGAGCGCCAUGGGCCCGGGACAAGCGUUCCAGCCGUAAUGUCACGUCCUUCAUGUGCCGUCUCGCCUUUGCACCUUGAAUUGUGGGUUGGCUGUUUUAAAGUUUUCGGUGACAAGGUUGCUGACUUCUUUCUGGUGCUGGCGGCGGCCUCGGGAUGUUCGGGGUGCAGAAGUACACACCUAUUGCGAGCACCGACAAGCAUUGCUUUUCCUCCGAAAGCUUCAAGCCAUUCCAAGCUUACUCAAGCCUCAGUCGAAAGCAGGAGCUUGUGA